GCCAUGUACCGGGCUCUGUACAGCUUCCGCUCCGCUGAGCCCAACUCGCUGCCCCUCGCCGCCGGGGAGACCUUCCUGCUGCUGGAGCGGAGCAACCAGCACUGGUGGCUGGUGACCCGCGCGGGCUCCGGGGAGACGGGCUACGCGCCGGCCUCCUACCUGCAGCGGCUGCAGGUGCUGGAACAAGAUGUGGUUUUGCAGUCUAUUGACCGAGCUAUUGAGGCUAUCCACAAUGCAGCUAUGAAGAAUGGAGGCAAAUACAACUUGGAGCAGAGGGAUGUCCUCCAGAAACUGAUCCAUCAUCGGAAGGAGACUGUGUCACGCAAAAGUCACUCACCAACCAGUCAGGGAAUGAUUUUGACCCCAUCCUCCAGUGAUCACCUUUUGGAUUUAGCACGACAGCCCAAUGGCAUGUGCCGGACAGGUUACGAGCGACAUCACAGCCUGCCAAACACGGAGAUCCAAGAGGAUGAUGAAGGUCUUUACCAGAUCCCGCCACAGCCUCGACGUGCUGCUCCUGUCACACCCCCACCACCAGAGAAACGCAAGAAUGCGCAGAUGGAAGCACCCAUUAGAAAUGCUGUUGAAAUCACCUCUGGGUCCAUUUCCAGUGCCUCCUCUAUAAGUACAACUUCCCUGGAUACCUUGUACACUGGUUCCACUGCAUCAGAAACAGGUCUCCCUACAGCCACUUCCAGCCCCACCAACACCCCUCCCCCUGUCCCCAGCAGGAGUGCCCACACCACAAUAUCACGCAGCUUGGAUAUUAGUCCUUCAGCCCAACUGAAGCAUGGGACUUCAACAAAGGGUGGUGCAACCAAAUCUCCCCAGACCAAGAGGGCUGCCCCAGGACCUCCUGUUGAAACAGCGGGUCAGAGGUCUCUCCCUAUGGAUGAGGAGAAGAAUCUGCAAGUCAAGACGACUGCUCCAGCUCCAUCCGGGGGCUUAGAAGCCUUCAACUCUCUUUGCCUUGAUGAUAAGAAGGCAGCUGCUUUGGAGCUGUUGGCACCAGAAUCCAGCAGCCAGGCAGUGUCUGUGCCAAAGACAAUAGGUGCUGAACUGAUCGAGCUGGUGCGCAGGAACACCCACCUCAGCUAUGAGCUGUCACGGGUUGCUAUCGGUGUAGUGAUUGGCCACAUUCAGAGCUCCAUCCCAGCAACCAGUAAUGUCAUGGAGCAGAUCCUCAUCUCGUUGGUGGAAAGUAAGAAUCUGAGUUCUGGGCUGCCUUCAGGGCAGAUCUGCCAUGAUGAGCAGCGGCUUGAGGUGAUCUUUGCAGAUCUGGCCAGGCACAAAGAUGAUGCCCAGCAGCGCAGCUGGGCACUCUAUGAGGAUGAAAAUGUCAUCUGCUGCUAUUUGGAAGAGCUGCUCCGUAUCCUGACAGAUGCAGAUCCUGACGUUUGCAAGAAAAUGUGCAAAAAGAAUGAGUUUGAAUCAGUCCUGUCCCUUGUGGCAUAUUAUCAGAUGGAACACCGAGUGCCAUUGCGGCUGCUGCUGCUGAAGUGCUUUGGAGCAAUGUGCAACUUGGAUGCUGCUAUUAUCUCCACUCUCGUUAACUCCGUCCUUCCAAUGGAGCUGGCUCGUGACAUGCAGACUCAUACGCAAGACCAUCAAAAGAUGUGCUACUCUGCACUGGUUCUGGCUAUGAUAUUCUCCAUGGGAGAGCCGCUGCCAUAUCACCACUAUGAGCACCUCAACUCACAGUUUGUCCAGUUCUUGUUGGAUGUGAUUGAAGAGGGGCUGCCCUCAGAUACCACAGAGCAACUGCCUGACCUGUUUGUUAAUGUCCUUCUGGCCUUUAAUCUCCACAUUCCAGUUCCAGAACACAAUGUGAUCAUGACUACGGUGAGCAAGCACUCCAACGUCAAGACCUUCACAGAAAAGGUGCUGUUGCUACUGAACAGGGGAGAUGAUCCGGUUUGUAUCUUCAAGCACCAGCCUCAGCCGCCGCAUUCGGUGCUGAAGUUCCUUCAGGACAUCUUUGCCAGCAAGGAUACCGCAAACAUCUUCUACCACACAGACAUGAUGGUGAUGAUUGACAUAACGGUGCGGCAGAUUGCCGAUCUCUCCCCUGGAGAUAAGCUGAGGAUGGAGUAUCUGUCUCUAAUGCAUGCGAUCAUGCGUUCCACACCCUACCUGCAGCAUCAGCACCGUCUCUCUGACCUGCAAGGUACCUUGCAGCGCAUUUUGGCUGAGGAAGAGGAGGGGCAGCAGUGCCAGAUGGACAAAAUGAUCAUCUGGGAAAUGUAUAAGGAGUUCCCAGAAAUGUCUCCAGGAACCAGCUAA